AUGACAUUCGUUCAUAAUAACUAUAAAACGUUGAACGUGGCAAAGGAGGCGAGUAAGCCGGCGAUUCGGAAGGCCUAUCUUAGUCUAGCUAAGAAGUACCAUCCCGAUGUGUUCGGUCAUGUCAUGGACUUUUCCUAUGAUCUCAGCUGA